AUUAAAUUUAUAUAAAGAUAGAAAGUCAUUAGUCAUAGCCAUAACCAUAGCCACCUUCAAGCAUCAAAAUUCCACAACAAACCAACAAUUUCCCACCUUUCUCUUCAUCUCUUCUCUUGCUUCAAUAAAGGCUUGUGCGGUAGCAGACUGAACCACUAAAAUCUGGUGGCUUCUGAUAUGAUUCCCGUUUGAAGACAAAUAGAAAAAAGGAAUAAAAGUAUCAAUGAUAGUUUUGAUUAAGUAACAAAAAGAAAGAACUGGUGGAAAAUGGGAGGUUGCUGUUGUUCUGCCAGAAAACAUCAUUUGCAAGGAACACCAGUUUAUUAUUAUUGUCCACCAACUUUUGAAGAGCGCGAGUCUUUAACCUCUAAUGGUGGCACCACUGCAUCGCUCGCUGCUGGAUUUCUCGUUGGAAUGAACCUUGAAGCAUCCAUACCGGAUACGUUCCGGUCUCCUCCUGCGCCUUUGCCUUAUGACAUUGUCUUAGGAGGUUCUGCGUCAACAGAUUCCGAGUCUGGCCGAGAAACAGUUAGUGUUAGUAGUUUUGAAACUUCAAUUACACGCGAUGAUAUUGAAGAAUCAAAUUGUAAAGCUCAAGCCAAAUCUACACCUUUAUCUCCAAAGAAGGGAGAACUAUUAAAAUCAAAUGGAACUCAAGUAUUUGUGACAGAAGAAGAGGAUGUUUGUCCAAUUUGUCUUGAAGAAUAUGAUGAUGAGAAUCCUAAAAAUCUGACAAAAUGUGAACACCAUUUUCACUUAUCUUGCAUUCUUGAGUGGAUGGAAAGAAGUGACUCCUGUCCUAUAUGUGAUCAGGAGAUGAUAUUUUGACCAGACAAUGAAUUAGUUUGAUCUGUUUAAAAUCAAAGCUUGCUAUAUAUAUGGAAGAUAGAUGAAGAAGUUGAACUUAUGAUAACCUGGUUAGAUGUUGGUAGCUGCAGAUUCAUAUUCUAUUCGCGAUACAAUGAAAAAAUCAUUAUUUUAGUAGGCUCAAUCAUUCACCAUCUCUAAGAAGAAGAAUGAAAAUUUGACAGAAUACUAUACCAUAUAUAGCUUGUGUCUGAAUGCAAUUCCUUUAUUUGGAAUUUGGCUAUUAUUAUAGUUGAAGAAUGCAGCAGUUCUAUCUCUUGAUGCCACAAUUCAUGUUCAGAGAUGGCUUUUUGCACCUUUCCUUGUGUUGAUUUGUUGUUUUCAUAUUUUUUUUCCAAAUUAUUUUUUAUCAAUUUUUAUUUCUUUUGUAUGUUAUUGUCUUUUCUUUUUAUUUGGGGAGUUGGGGGAGCAUACUGGAUUUGUAAAUCAUGUUUGCUUUAAGUAUGUAUAUAUCUUAGGCAUUCAAAGAAUAUAAUAGAAGUUCAUCAAACUAGUAGCUAGUUCUGAUUUCUAUCUGCCAAAUUGUUUUCGAAUAGUC